CGUCAGGGCUCAGGGCCGGAAGUCGAGCGGGGGGCGGUGCAGAGCUCCCCAGGUGGGCGGCCGGUGGGGCAGUGGAGGCGGCGCGGUACCUCUCCGCUUUGGGCUCCUGAUGGAACCCGCACCGGAUCCCGGGCAGGGGCUCUGCUGCAAGCCUGGCGGGCGGCUAGACAUGAGCCACGGCUUCGUGCACCAUAUUCGACGGAACCAGCUGGCCCGGGACGACUACGACAAGAAGGUGAAGCAGGCAGCCAAGGAGAAGGCGAAGAGGCGGCACACGCCCGCGCCCACGCGACCCCGCAAGCCCGACCUCCAGGUGUACCUACCGCGACACCGAGAUGGCUCUAUGCACCCAAGCAACCCAGACUGUGAGGGGUCCGGUGAAAGCAGUAGUGGCAGCUCUGAGCAGGAGCCUUCUGGCCAUCAGCUCUUCUGCUUAGAAUAUGAGGCAGACAGCGGAGAGGUCACCUCCGUUAUCGUGUAUCAGGACGAUGAUCCAGGAAGAGUGAGUGAGGAGGUGUCAGCACACACACCUCUAGAUCCACCCAUGCAAGAGGCCCUCAAAUUGCGCAUCCAGGAGGAGAUUGCAAAGCGCCAAAGCCAACACUGACUGGGCUGAAGGCAUUCUCUCCAGGCUGAAGUCACUGCCCGGGAAGCUUACCCCUAGUUUAGGGGGACCAAGACCAGGCUGGGCUGAUCCUGAGAUACACAACUGCAACAGAGCUACUGCCGCAUCCACAGGAAAGGGUGUUGCAGGGACUAUACCUGGCCACCUCCCUUGCAGCCAGCCUAAUAUUCUGGAAUGUUUUGAGAGUUUUCUUUGGCAAACUUGGUGUUCUAGAAGGAGAGAUUCCAGGGAGUGCCGAGGUUAUGAAACCUUGUGCCAACAUGUUGCUUUCUCACUGAGGUCACAGGCCACAGGGGCUGCUGCUCCAUUCAGCUCAGUGGGCCAUGUUUGUUAUUUUAUGGUUCCUUCCAGCUUUUUCUGCUCACUUCCAUUCAUGUUCUCCUAGAUCUUCUUUUCAGCUCUGUUGCUUUGUUCUUUCCUUCUCAUCAUUUUUUCUCAGAAUCCAUCAGUUGUACCCCACCCCCAGUCUCCCAACGUGACUGUGCACCUCUAGCAGGUCAGGAGUGGGAGGUGGGAGAUUCUGGGGUCUGUCGUUCUGACAACCUCUUCUGGUAAUUCUGAUUCCAAUAAGUGGGAGAUCAUUUUUGAGGCCAACUUGCGAGUGUGUCUCCCUCCACUUCCAAGGCUUUUGCAAGUUUCUCUCAUGCCCUGCUGCUCUGCAUUGUCUUGAUAAGGAGACAUAGGAAGAUAAUGCCAGAACUAAACUCCAAGGAUUUCUUCCAGCAAAACCUGCCUUAGGGCUAUAGAAUUCUAGCCUUUAACCUCCCUAGUUGUGAACAUCCUCUGCGCAGGCUAAAGAGCAGAGCAAACAAACUUAAAACUGACUCUCCAAAUUUGAUCUGACAGUCUUAGAUAUAUGUACAGAGGGAAUUUCAAUACUAGAAAUAAUCACCUACUCAGAGCCCAGUUAUAAAAAAGGGGAUGAGGUCCUGAACAAUGGGCAGUAAAA